GUUCAGCGCAUCGGUUGUCGCCGACUUCAAAUCGCAUUAUGUCUGCCCAACUGGAGGGUAACAAUGCCAGUGAAAAUAAUAAUAAUAAUAGCGUCAAGGAUGUCAGACUCCUGCUGCUGCCAGAGACUUCUUCGGUUGGCAAUCCGACAAGUGUCAUUUCCCGCACUCAAUUGCAGAAAAUUUUCAUUGAUGACCUGACACGGCCUGGUGAUGCGGGGAAUGUGAGGAGGAAACGUGUGUGGCGGGUGCCCUGGUUUAUUUUGCUGAUGUGUUUAAUGCAGAUAUCACUGCAUUCGAUUGCUAAUGAGUGCAUGCAAAAAAGACUGAUCUUUAAGCCAGAGUGGAGCGGGGAGUGCUGGCGAUUACUGACCUAUAUGCUGCUCCACUCCGAUUAUUGGCACCUGACCCUCAACAUUUGUCUACAGUGCUUUAUAGGUAUCUGCCUGGAAGUGGAGCAGGGUCACUGUCGCUUGGCCGUGGUCUAUAUAGUGGGAGGCGUUGCCGGUUCGUUGGCCAACGCCUGGCUGCAGCCCCAUCUCCUCCUGAUGGGGGCCUCCGCCGGGGUCUACGCCAUGCUGGGAAGUCAUGUGCCGCACCUGGUUCUGAACUUUUCGCAGUUGUCGCACCGCUUCGCCCGCAUCGCCGCCCUGUUGAUCUUGUUCCUCAGCGAUGUGGGCUUCACAAUACACCACUUUCGCCACAAUCACAAUCGCAAUCCGCGUAUCAGUCUGGAGGCCCAUAUUGGUGGAGGCGUGGCCGGAAUUCUGUGCGGUUUCAUCGUCUACCGACGCGCCCGUCAAUCAUCUCAAAAGGCCAUUUACUUUUAGUUUCAAAUUAGAUAAAUUAUGUUAUUCUGUCAGUUUUUCCUUAUAACUUACUUUAAGUAGUUUAUUAAUUUUAUUUUGUAUUUAUAUAUAUAUAAUAUAUUUGAUCUAAACAUGUUUAUCCCAUUUUUAAAGGCCCACAAAAAUGCAAAACUAAUAUUUGUAAAAAAAGUUUAUCCUAAUCACUUAAUUAAGUCCUUCAAGACGGUAAUCUGAAAACUUUAAAAAAGAAAACAUUAAAUUUAUUUAUCUAUGUAAAGAACAUGGUGUGCCAUUAUACUGAGCUUCAACAAGUUCAAAAUCGAUAUUUUCUUGUUGUUAUUCAGUCAAGCAUGCUGUCCUUAAUUGAAGUGUCAGCAAAUAUUCUGUUUAUUUCUUUUAUGGACUGUAUCG